AUGACAACUAGUACGCAAGAAGGAACCCACAGUAUAGGACCGAACGACCCGACAACGGAGGUUCCGGAGGAUUUCAUUUGCCCGCUUACAUUGUCAUUGAUGCAAGAUCCUGUCAUCAGCAAAUAUGGACAUUCGUUUGAACGAGAAUCGAUUCUGGAGUAUCUGGGACGCGGUAGCGAUAUCUGUCCCUGUACCCGGCAACCUUUGCGCAUGCGAGAUGUCAUUACCAACCACAAGCUUCGCUCUAAGAUUCGCCGGUGGCAAAUUGAAAACGAAGAAGACAUUACCGUCAUCAUGACUCCCAAUACCAAUACACGUAUUUAUGGUUACAUUUCCAUGCCGGAAAAGGAUCAUGAGGAAACGGAACGGACCGAAGAUGACGAAGAAUUUGUUUCCGACAAUAUGAGAGAGUCGCUGGAACCUGCCAAUCGCCGACGAGGCGCUGGCAGUCGCAGCUUGCUGCGAGGACUUUUUCGCUCCCGCCCCGCAAGGAGUCCGACGACAUCUAUCUGA